AUGGAGUCACAACCUAAUGCAGGUGUAGAGAAUCAUAAUGGACGCCAGACAAAUCAUAAUGAACACCAGACAAAUCAUAAUGAAGAAACAAUCUCACAUCCAUAUGAUUUCAUUCCAGAGGCACCCAAGGAAGUGAAACCAAUAGUUGGUAUGGUGUUCAUUUCUGAAAAUGUUGCAUAUGAUUUCUACAAUGAAUAUGCUAGAUGGUGUGGAUUUAGUAUACGAAAAGGUUCAACGCGGAAUAGUAUGAAAACAGGUGAAAUAAUUAUGCGAAGUUUUAUAUGUUCUAAGGAAGGGUAUCGACAUCGCAAGCAUAUAGAAGCAACAGAUCAUAAAAAGAGACCAAGAGCCAUGACAAGAUGUGAUUGCAAGGCAAAGAUUGUAGUUCACAAGAAUGGAUCAGAUAGAUGGGAAGUUAAGACAUUUGUGGAAGCACAUAGUCACAAUUUAAUGAGUCCAAGUAAGGUUCAUUGUUUACGAUCACAUCGACAUUUUACAGAUUCUCAUAAGGUUGUCAUGGAUAACAUGAGAAAAGCAGGUAUUGGCACAGCUAAGGUGUUAAAUUUUUUUACAAAUGAAGCUGGAGGACCUGAGAAAAUGGGUUUUAUUGAUGAAGAUGCAAGAAAUGCUUUAAAAAUUCAAAGGCGUGACAAACAUGGUAAAAGUGCUCAAGAGUUGCUUCUUUACUUUCAAAAUAAACAGAGGAAUGAUGAUAAUUUUACUUAUGCAAUCCAAAUUGACAAUGAAUGUAGAUUGACAUCUUGUUUUUGGGCAGAUAAUAUUUCAAAAAUAGACUAUGAAGCUUUUGGUGACGUUGUAUGUUUUGACACAACAUACAAGACAAAUGAAUUUGAUAUGCCAUUUGGUCCAUUUGUCGGAGUCAACCACCAUAAGCAAUCUAUCUUGUUUGGUGCCGGGCUUCUAUUUGGUGAAACCAUUGAAGAUUUCGAAUGGUUAUUUCAAUCAUGGUUACAAGCUAUGGGUGGGAAGCUUCCAAAGGCCAUAAUCACAGAUCAGGAUCCAGCAAUUGCUGCUGCAAUUGCAAGUGUAUUUCCGAAUACCGAGCAUAGGUUGUGCAUGUGGCACAUUGUUCAGAAGCUUCCAAAGAAGUUAGGUAAAGUAAUUAAUGAGAACCCAUCAUUCAACACUGAUUGGAGAAAUUGUGUAUAUAUGUGCGAUGAGGAAGCCGAAUUUGAUGCAUUAUGGUCGAAAAUGAUUGUAGAUUAUAAUCUUGAAGAAAAUAAAUGGUUACAAGAUUUGUACACGAUACGUAAAAUGUGGAUUCCAGCUUAUGUCAAGAAAACAUUUUAUGCAGGGAUGUCAACGACACAACGGAGUGAAGGUAUGAAUGCCUUCUUUGAUUAUUUUGUAAGUCAUAAGUCAACGUUAUUAGAAUUUGCAGAAGGAUAUGAUCGCGCUUUACAAAAACGUCGGCAUAAUGAGUUAAAAUUGGAUUGUGACACUUUAUAUAGUAUACCUGUAGCAAUAACCUCGAUUGAUAUUGAAAUAGAGAUGGCAAAAAUUUAUACAAGAGAAGUAUUUUAUGACUUUCAAGUAGAGGUGAAGGCAAGUGCUUUACUUGUUAAUAAGUUGGUGGCAUUUAUUAGUAGUGUUCAAGGAAGAAUCCAUCAUAAAAAUGCCUUUUCAUUAUAUACUUAA